UAGAUUUGUAUUGCAAAUAACUUAUAAACCUCUAAAACACAUUGAUGCUCAAUUUUCUUUUCUUAAAGGUACUCAAUAGGGGUUGGCAACUGUCAAAUUGGCGCUAGCAUAGCUUUCACCGAAACAAUAAUACUUUGUGAAGAAUAAUUGGUAAAAUAUUUAUUUUCAAAAUGCCAAAGAUAUGUGAAGUGCCCCAAUGUAAAGAAAUCGGCGCCCACCAAUUUCCUGCAGGUGUAGAAAUUAGAAAAAAGUGGUUAAAAGCCAUAAGGCGACCUAACUUUAAGCCUGAAAAUAAUUCUAGGUUAUGUAGACUUCACUUCCUAGAAACGGAUUAUCAAAAUAUUAGUAAUUAUACAGGUACUGUACAUCUGCAUCGGUAUUUGAAAAAAACUGCUGUUCCAUCUGUGUUUCCUUGGACAACAAAAAGUCUAUCUGAAGCAGCUAAAUGUCGAGAGGAAAGGUUGUUAGCUCGUAACUCUAGAAAAUCACUUUUUCAACAGACCGAUACUGUUCAACCAUUUAAAUUUGAGGUCUUGAGACACUCUGAAAAUAGUGGUAAUCUUACCCAAGAAUAUGACAUCAGCAUCCCUAAUAUUGCCAAUGAAGUAUACAUAGAGACGGAAGUAACAGAGGAAUCCAUACGUGAAACCCCAAUACAACAGGCAACAGUUGGAGUACAAACAAGUGCAAUCCUUAAAAUAUUUUCUACCGAAUUAUUGUUAACUGAUGAUGAGGCAGUCAUGUUUUAUACUGGCUUAGAAUCAUAUUCUAAAUUUCAACUAGUUCUGAGUACUCUUUUACCAAUGGCGAAUAAUUUGAAUUAUCGUUGGAGCAAAGUUAUAGGGCUUUCAGUGGAGGAACAGUUUUUAAUAUUGUUAAUAAAGCUCAGACGCAAUAAACCUGAUUUUGAGCUUGCUAAAAUGUUUAAUGUAAGCAAAACAGUAGUAUCUAAUAUAAUAGUUACAUGGGUUAAUUUUAUAUAUGAUGUGUGGUCAAUGAUUGAUAUUUGGCCGCAACGUGAUUUAGUGGAUUAUCAUAUGCCUCAGAUUUUUAAAAAUGAAAGUAGCAAAACAAGGGUAAUUAUUGAUGCAACAGAGGUUCCUAUUGCAAAGCCAAGUAAUCCUAUAUCACAGAAAGCCACAUACAGUGCAUAUAAAAACACAAACACUUUGAAAUUUUUAAUUGGAUCAACACCAGGUGGCCUUCUAGUUUAUUGUUCAGAUGGGUAUGGUGGAGCUACUAGUGACAGGCAAAUGAUUGAACGCAGCUCAUUAAUAAAGAUUUGUGAUGAAGGUGACAGUAUUAUGGCUGAUAGAGGAUUUAAUGUACAGGAAUUGUUUGCCUCUAAAAAUAUCACAAUCAACAUACCAACUUUUUUGAAAGGUCGUUCACAGUUGCCUGGUGUUGUUCUAAAGCGGGAUCAGAGACUUGCCAGUCAACGGGUACAUAUUGAAAGGCUAAUUGGUUUGACAAAAACUUAUAAGAUUCUACAAACACCAAUAAUCUCAUUUUAUGUUCCUAUUGCCUCAAAAAUAUUCUUUAUAUGCAUGAUGUUAUGCAAUUUUAGAGAAAAAAUUGUAAAUAAAAACAAAAAAGCAUAGUUACAUGUAUAGUAUCUGUAGUAGGUGUGUUAAAUGCUUUGUUUGUUAAUAAUAAUGAAAGAGUCAUCGCAUAAUAAUUUUAAGAACAAAUUAGGCAGUUGUAAUAUAAAACAAAGUUAAAUUUAACUGUUAUGUAACAAUGUUAUAGAAAUAUGUCAUUCAUAUUUAUCUGAACUUUUAUAGAUAGUAUAAUUGUAUGUCUUAAAGUACCUUAAAUACUAUUAAAAUAAAAGACUUAAACCUUA